AUGAACAGCAGCAGCAGCAGCAGCAGGGGGCCCCCCCUCCCCCUGUGCGAUCUGCUGUACGGGUCCUGGGGCGGCUGCCCCCCCUUUGGUGCUGCAGACAUGCAAAUGUAUGAGCAGUGGCGCUGCAGCACGUUGGCCCUGCGGGCCCUCAGCUGCUGCCAGCAGCAGCAGCAGCAGCAGGUGGAGUGGAUCGAGGAGCAGCAGCAGCGGAGGGCGGAGGGCUUCGCGCUGCUGCAGCAGCUGCUGCCGCGGAACCUGCCGAUGGACUUGGUGGAGAGAACUGCGUGGGUGGAGUGCAUGUCUUACUUCUGCAGACGCGAAGCAGCAACCCGCAGCAGCAGCAGCAGCAGCAGCAGCAGCAGUUUGCACCCGAUUUCUCUGCCGUCGCUUGUGGGGCGGCUGGCGCACCGGCUAUGGUUCGUGUUCGGCAGCAGCAGCUCGGGUGUAUGUACAGCUGGGGGCCUGGAGCUGCUGCAGCAGCUGCCUCCUUGGUUCACUUUUCUUUGCGAAGAAGUUUCUUCUUUUUUUCUUUUCGUGCUGCUCCACUUGGCAGCAAUAGCGCGCCAGCAACAUGGGGUGUACGUACACCUCGCGGACAGGGAGUGGAGCGCCCGCUUCCGACACCUCAAGUACCUCCUCACUUCCCCCCCGCAGCAGCAGCAGCGGCAGCGGCAGCAGCAGCAGCAGCAGCAGCAGCAGCUGGAGCUGCCGUGUCUGGAGUGUAUAGACACCGCGCUCACGCAGCACUUCCCCAUGAACCCCCAAAGCGCCCCACAUUCUUUUUGGCUUUUGUUCAAAUCUGAAGCAGCAGAAUGGAUUGCAUGCACAGAAACAAACGCCAUUAAGGCUUUUCCCGUGCUGCUGCCGCAGCCUGCUGCUGCUGCUGCUGCGGCGGGGGACGCAGCAGCAGCGGGAGACACAGCUGGGGGAGAGCGGGGACGGGGGGCGGGUGCAGGGGAAGCAGCAGCAGCAGCUGCUGCUGCUGCUGCAGCGAAGGAAGAACAACAGCCAGCCGCAGCAGCCCCAGCUGCAGCAGCGCAGCAGCGACAGCCAGCAGCAGCAGCAGCAGCAGCAGCAGCAGGCAGCCGGCGGAAGCUGCUGCCGUCGCUGAUUGAAGCAGCAAAAAAUGAUGCUUUAAAUUUUCUCUGUCUCCUCGGCGCUGUGCUUCCGGGGGCCCUCAAAGGCAACACUUGCUACUUGCAAACUUUGUUUGAGGAGGAGGAUUUGCUGCAGCAGCAGCAGCAGCCGCAGCAGCAGGGGGAAGAGGGCCAGAGGGAGCAACGAUGGAGAGACCAGGAGCGAGAAGAGCAGCUGCAGCAGCAACGGCAGCAGGAGAAACAGCAGCAGGAGAAACAGCAACAGGAGAAACAGCAACAGGAGAAACUGCAGCAGCAGCAGCAGCUACUGCAGCAGCAGCUACAGCAGCAACAGCUGCAGCAGCAACAGCUGCAGCAGCAACAGCUGCAGCAGCAACAGCUGCAGCAGCAACAGCUGCAGCAGCAACAGCUGCAGCAGCAACAGCUGCAGCAGCAACAGCUGCAGCAGCAACAGCUGCAGCAGCAACGAGAACGGCAACAACAGGAGCUCCAGCAGCAGCAGCAGCUCCAGCAGCAGCUCCAGGAGCAGCAGCAGCACCAGGAAGAGGAGGACAAGGAAAAUAUUCCUCCAAGUUUUGCUUCUCUUUCUUUUGCUGAAGCAGCAACUGCAGCAAAGAGACGAAGCACCUAUGAGGUGGUUGCUGCAGAAGGAGACGCAGAAACCAGCAGCAGCAGCAGCAACAGCAACAGCAGCAGCAGCAGCAGGGACAGCGACCGCUCAACAGUGGCUGCGGUGACAGCAGUGGCAGCAACAGAAGCAGCAGCAACAGCAGCAGCGGCGGCAGCAGGCGUAGCAGCCGAGGCAGCAAGCGUAGCAGCCGAAGCAGCAACCGUAGCAGCAGCAGCAGCAACAGCAACAGCAGCAGCAGCAGCAGAUGAGGCGGCCACGGAGGCUUCUAGUGAAGACAGUGGAGGGCAUUCUAAGAAGAGAGCAGCAGAAGCUGAGGGAGACAAGGAGGAGAGAAGCAGCAGCAAUAAAAAGCAUAAAAUAAACCAGAAGCAGCAGCAGCAGCAGCAGCAGCACAAGCAGCAGGGGGAGCAAAGCCACCCCACAGAGAAGCCCAAGCCUAAGCAGCAGCAGCAGCAGCAAAAUGCGGACUCCGCGCAUCAAAAGCAUCCUCAGCGGCAGGCCCAGCAGCAGCGGCAGCAGCAGCAAGAUGGGGUGCAGCAAAUGCUGUCAGUUCUUCUUCAAGGGGGCGAAAAGGUUUUGUGUGGGGAAAGGAUUCUGGUGGGCCUUCGGCACAAAAACACCCUCAUGGACGCGAAGCUUUUUGCGUUCUGCAAGCAGCACAGCAGCAGCAGCAGCAGCAGCAGCAGCAGCAGCAGCAGCAUGAGCGAGGGGGAGUGCGUGGCUGCGCUGCGGUGCUACAUGCAGCAAAACUGCGAAAAAGCAAAAAAGAGUUUUAUUUGUGAUGAAACUUUAAAGACAAUUACGGGGCUGCAGCGGCUGCCGCAGCAGAAGUUGGCGCUGCUGCGCGCGCUGAAAGCAGCAAAGUUGCUCGAGCACUUCAUGGUCGAUCCGCGGGAUUUGAAGCGAUUUUAG